UUUCUUGCUAUAACCUUCCGCUGGUUGACUUAGUGCCCAAGCGCGUUUCUAUUUUGAGGUGUGCCGUGCGAGUUAAGAAUUCCUAUCUUAAACGUAGGAAUAUUAUAUCUAUUUUUCUCCUGGAAGUACCCGAAUACACAUUUUCCGUAUGUUAUAGCGUGUCUAGUGAACGGCAUUUGAAAUUGGACACCGCUGGCUUUGAGGCCCUCGCUCUGGUGCGGAAGGAUACGUGGUUGCGUCUGACAAUGUGGACGGAGGUGGUGAAGAUGUCUGCGAGAAGAAUGAAAUCAUCUCAAUUGUAACAACAAAAAGGAAGACGCGAGAUUAGUAAAUAUAAUAGAUUUGUUUGCACACAGACUUGUUCCGUUGUGUCCAACACGUGGCAGUGGGACGAGAAGCGGGCUGUCGGGGGCAUCAAGAAGACAUUACUGUGAUCCGAGGUGUUUCAUGCACUGAGGUCGAAAUUCUCUUGAAGUUUUAUGUUUUUUCCCCCUGCGAGUCUGCUUUUCUUUUUCUGUUGGAUAUCACACAUCUAAAGAGAAAAGGGUUUAUUAGAGACUAAAGGGCAUGACCGAGAAGCAGCAGCACAGAAUGGCUGCAGUUGGGACAGACAAGGAACUCAACGACCUCCUGGAUUUCAGUGCGAUGUUUGCUCCUCCUGUGGCCAAUGGCAAGAACCGCCCCAUCACCCUCGCAAGCAGUCAGUUUGGCGGAUCAGCUCUCGAUGAGCGCAGCAGCUCUGGGUCCUGGGCCUCGGCAGAACAGAACAGCCCCUCCUUCAACCAGGGACGGAGCUAUGGAGAAGGACCCCACUACAGUGAGCAUGACAGCCUGUCCUCCCCCUUCCUCAGUGCAGGAAUCGCAGGUAAAAAUGAGAGGCCUCCAUACAGCUCCUUCGGCGGCCCGCCUGGCUUCCUCCCCAGUGACAUCGCCAUGCCCAACCCAGAGGCAAUGUCCCCCUCUGGCCUCAAGUUCUACCCCUCGUACCCCACCAACCCCAGACGAAGACCCCCAGAUGGCAGCAUAGACACCCAGCCGAAGAAGAUCCGGAAACCCCCUGGCCUGCCAUCCUCGGUAUACGCUUCCACAUCUGGCGAGGAGUAUUCCAGGGACAAUGAAUACCACGGAGCGAAGCCUGGAUCCGUCUAUCCUGGAUCCUUUUACAUGCAAGAAGACUGGUCAUCUUCCGGCUACUCAGCGAUGCUGGGGAACUCUCCUCACAUCGGACAGCCGGGCUCCUUCUCGUCCAUCAAUCCCCAGGACAGGAUGAACUAUCCCCUGCAUGGCAGCGAGGUCAACGGCUUUCAUCCAGUCCCCACCACCUACAGCCACACCGCCACCCUCAACGGGGACGGCAUCAUGGCACCCAGACAACCGGUCAACAGUUCGGGCGAUGAGAUCGGGAAGGCUCUUGCCUCUAUCUACCCUUCGGACCAACACAGUAACAACUUCUCCUCUGCUCCUUCCACUCCUGGUUCUCCUCAGGGCAUCACAGGAGCUCAGUCCCAAUGGCAGAGGCCGUCCACACCCAAUUAUGAGGGGCAGCCGCAUUCAAUGCAGAACAAAAUCGAAGACCGCUUGGAGGAGGCCAUCCACGUCCUGCGCAGCCACGCGGUGGGGGCGUCUGACAUGCACAACCUGUUGAACGCCGUGUCUUCCGUACACAACGGCCUGGGGGGCCUGUCUCCGGCCUUCUCCAAUGCCGGCCUGCCCCUGGGCAGCAGACACCCCGCCAUGGGGGCGAAUCACCACGAGGAGCCCAGCGGCCUGCCCCCCAGCAGCGCACUGCUGCACAGCCACCACGCCUCCGGAGCCCCGCAGACGGCCGGCCCCCCAGAGGCCUUCUCCUCUCUCCCUGGCUCGGUGGCCCGCUCCACACACUCCUCCAGCAGCGGCGACAUCAAACGCGAGGACAACAACAAGGAGGACGACGACAACUCGUCCAACGCGGACAAGUCGGAGGAGGAGAAGAAGGAGGCCCAGAAGUUGGCUCACACCAGGAGAAAGGAGGUGUUGGCCCUCCAGAUCCUCUCUGGCCUUUCAGACCAGAAUGAUCAUGAUGAUGAUCUCGAGGACGAGGACGACGAAGACCUCCCCCCGGAGGUGAAGAUGGAGCGGGAGAAGGAGCGACGGGUGGCCAACAACGCCCGGGAGCGCUUGCGGGUCCGGGACAUCAACGAGGCGUUCAAGGAGCUGGGCCGCAUGUGCCAGCUGCACCUCAGCAACGACAAACCUCAGACUAAGCUGCUGAUACUACACCAGGCGGUCAACGUGAUACUCAACCUGGAGCAGCAGGUCCGAGAACGCAACCUCAACCCGAAGGCGGCGUGUCUGAAGCGGCGCGAGGAGGAGAAGGUCUCCGGCGUGGUCGGGGAGGGGGGCAUGCAGCUCUCGGGCCACCCCGGCCUGGGGGGGGACGGCCACAACCCCGUCAGCCACAUGUAACACCAGAUCUGGUGGGACUCACCUGGCUCUCAGAGGAUGUGGCCUUAACUGAUUCUUCCACCCCACUCUUCUCAUCCUCCAGUGUGUGUAGAUAUGGAUGUGAUUGUGUUUUGUUAUUUUUCGGUUUCAAAAUGCACACACACACACACACACACACACUAGUACACACACGCACACUGCCAAAACUGACAGCCUAUUUCGUCGCCACACUCUCGAUCAUGACCACCAGCUUAAAUGUGAAGAACUUUCAGCCUUUAAUUUGUUUUUUUUUAUACAUGUUAAGAAUAUGUUUUUGUUUCUUUUCGUUUUGACUUUUGUUUGAUUUUCUUCCACAACCUGAUGGAGUGUCAGAGUACUUAAUGUCCUGCCACAAACCUGGGACUUCAUACACUGCCGAGAGGUAUUCUGGUAAAGGAAAAAGAGAACUGACAAAAGACAAAUUUGAUCAUGGAUUUGUGCCUAAUUGUUACAUGUUUUCUAUAAGACAUUUAAGCAAAUUGCUUUACGUGUGGAGAAACUUUGUUGUAAGGGAUUGCUUGCGUGUAUGAGCAAUUAUUUUUAAUGUGGUAUGUCCUUCCCAGCGUGAUGGUACAGUCUUACAUAUGUUAUGUAACCAAGCCCAGGGCUGAUGUCGAAUUGUCAUACAUUCUGUUGAUAUAUAUAUAUUAUUUUCCUAUUUCCUUGCUUGUAAGAGUUUUGGAGCAGUGCACCAAUGUUGCAAGGGAAAGAUCAAAUGAUUUGACAAUUGAAAAGAAAAAGACAAACUCUUGUGGACGGCGAGAACACACUGACCCAUACAAUUAGUGUGUGUGUGUGUGUGUGUGUGCGUGCGUGUGUGCCCCGAGACCCUGACCUGUCCCAUGAAACCGUUGGAAAGAGAGGGCAUCACUCUCCAAGCUCAUCCAUAGUGGGUCGAAUCAGUUGCCCACCAAGCCCGUUCUCAUCGAUUGAACAUCAACUCUAUUGUGACUUCAGCUCUCCUUCGUUGGCGCAGGAGGAAAUGCUGCUUUAUUUAUUAAAGCAUGGGUGGACAAAGACGAAGCACAGUUGUAAAUAUUAGACUUAAGAUUAUGGGUGUACACGUGCAGUGCAUUUCCGUUCCUGCGAUGCUGGUGUAAACCAUACGCGAGAGACCCGCGCCUCACCGAGUGAUCAGUCACAGUCGCUGUUACUUAAUCGUGACGUGGUUUUCCAGAAGAUGCCAGCAGACAAUUUGUGUCUCUUGAUUGACAUUCUAAAUAACCUGAGAGCAAUCUAGGUUGCUUUGAUUAAGAAAUGUAAUCGGCCCUACAGUUGUAGUAGCAGAUAACACUAGAUACUUUAUUUUCUAAAAAAAAAGAAUAAAAAAAAGAGCAUUCCCAGUUGGCCCCUCCCCCUUGGACCUAAGUACGUUGCUCCGUCGUCGGACUGAGACGAGAUCGGUGUGUUCAUUCACCUCCUCUAUACAUGAAUCGGAUAUUUCACUUACACGUCGGGCAAAAUUAAAUAUAUAUAUAUAAGAAUAUAUAUUUUUUUGUUAGUCUAUACACUUUAGAUUUCUAAAUAUCAAAUGGCAAUAUUAGUCGGAGGUUUAGAGUGUACUGUAGGAGAGUUGAGUGGUGAGGGGAUAUUUGAGAUUUAGUUGAAUUUGAAAGUGAAUUCAGCCGUCUUUCUCAGCUCAGCCUAAACGCCAGAGACCCCCAGAUCACAUUGGGAAGGAAGUCAGAUAUAGCGCUAUAAUCCGUUUAUAAACGUUUUCCCGCCAUGAAUUGAUCCUCUAAAAGUGAUGAAAUGGUCCGGGAAAAAAAAUAUUUUCCAUGGUUUGAGUUAAGGGAAUUUAUAAGAAGAUGUAUUCGAAGUUACUCAGAUGAUUUUCUUUCUUGUCCUUUUUGGGAGUGUGCGGGUGGAGUAGGCUACGUGCCGCUGUCCUCACAGUGAUCUCGGAGGGAGGCACCGUGAGGCUUUUUGCGCGAAGGGAUUUUUAUUUUAUUUCAUCCCCCCCCCCCACUUCCUCACAGUAAAUAUGCAACUGGUUUGUGAAUGUAGCUGCCAUUCAAAUGUGGGUCGCCUCCAUUUUCACAUCAUAUUCCUUGGGGUUUGUGAGUCCAGUAUCAUUUUCAUAUCAUUUAAAUAGUUUUCUUGUGUUCACACUCUGGUUGCCGCCGUGGUGCAGCUUGCUUCAGCAUUCUGUGUGUUUCUUUUGGAGGCAGUCAUCGGUGUGAGAGUGUAAGAUAGAAGAUGAUAUGGAGAUCAAAAACAGUGUUAUUGAUUGUGAUACCUUCCCCAUUUCACGUGGUGAAUGAUCUCGACGAAAAUGUUUAUACCGACUGAAGGCGGAGUAGCCUUCUUGUGUGUCCAGUUAUCAUAGUAUUGUUGAAAGAUCUAAGUUGAAAAUUGUAGAAAAGGAGACGGAUGAAAAAAAAAAAAUGACUUAUACAAAUCAAUAGUGUGGCCUUUUUCAUUCUCGAGACUUAAGAUGUCAUGAUGGGAGAGUGAUACCUUAUCAGUGCCUGAACUUGUAUUUUCAUUUAAAACCGUUUUUUUUUUGUAAACCAUAUCAUUUCAUUUAUCAUGAGAGAUCUGAGAGGUACCUGUCCGUCCACCCCCCCAUUC